UAUUUCUGUGCAGAAUAAUCGAACCGACCCGAUUCGACCCGAUUUGAAGGGAGAGGGCUGGAAUAGGGCGAAACCUAAUUCAAUUUCUGAAUUUCCUCUCUCUUCUGUCGUCUUCUCCGCUACGUUGCCCUAGCCCUAGGGUUCCCAAUUCAAACCUUCCAUCUCAAAUUCUCAGCUCUCUCUCUUUCUCACUCUCUCUGAUUCCCGAUUUCAACCAUAGAAGCCACGUACAAUGGGGAAAAAUAAACCCAAGGACCCAGAAACCGCCUCAAAUACCGACGCUGUUUCUCCUCCGUCGGACAUUUUCAAAUCCCUCUUCGGAGACGCCGUUGCCAAAGACGGCUCCUUUUCAAUCUUCUCUGACGCUAACCCAUUCUUGAGAAAGCCCCAAGACCAAACUCAAGGGGAGGCUUCUGUGAACCCCAUUGAUGGCGCUUUCCAAAGCAUGGAUAUUGAUGAGCUGAAGAAGAGGAAGAGAAGCAAGGAGAAGAAAGAGAGGUUGCAGAGCUCUGAAUUGGGUGGGGACGAUGAUGGUGUGGUGACGGAGAAGAAGAAGAAGAAGAAGAGAAAGAGAGAUGAGUUAGAGAAAGAAUAUGAGGUGAGAAAGUUUGGGGCUGGAGUGGAUAAUGAAGUGGAUGAAGCUAAACGACCUGGUGGAAAAGUUGGGGAGAAGAGAAAGAAUGUGGAUAACCCAGCGGACAUGUUGGUAUCGAAAGAAGGUUUUGAUGAUGAGAGUAAACUUUUGAGGACUGUGUUUGUUGGGAAUUUGCCAUUGUCUGUGAAGAAGAAAGCUUUGAUUAAGGAGUUCACUAAAUUUGGGGAGGUUGAUUCUGUGAGGAUUCGUUCUGUGCCAAUCACGGAUACCAAGAAGCCAAGAAAGGGAGCAGUGAUUACGAAACAGUUUCAUGAAGCUGCUGACAGCGUUCAUGCAUAUGUUGUUUUCAAGACAGAAGAAUCUGCACAAGCUUCUUUGUCUCAUAAUAUGGCUCUGGUUGCAGGACAUCACAUCCGAGUUGACAGGGCAUGCCCUCCUCGCAAGAAGAUGAAGGGAGAAGAGAUUUCUCAUUUUGAUCAUAAGAGAACUGUUUUUGUGGGCAAUCUACCAUUUGAUGUAAAGGAUGAAGAAGUUUACCAAGUGUUUUGUGGUAUCAGUGAUAUGGGAUCCAGUGUUGAAGGGGUUCGAAUAAUCAGAGAUCCAAAUAAUAAUCUUGGAAAGGGUUUUGCUUACGUCUUGUUUAAAACAAAAGAAGCUGCAGCUGCAGUAGUUAGGAAACGAAAUUUGAAGCUUCGGGAGAGGGAGCUAAGGCUAUUUCAUGCGAAACCAGAUACUGCUACCCCAUCUAAGAGAAGUAACCCAACACCUGCAGAUAAAAGUAGCUCACCGUCCAAGAAGUUUCGGAGUUUCGAGACUGCGGUUGAUAGUAAAAAGGUAUUUUCAACUGUUUCUACAUCGUACCAGGGUCUGCGUGCUAGCAAAACUGGUGUCGAAAAGAAAGUAGCGAAAGCCAGAAGGCCAGAGAAGCCCAUCUUGACAACUAAGAAAGCAGUGGUUGAACGUACCCGUAAAGAUAAAAGACCAGCGGUUGCAGCCAGAAAGGCGAAAGCAAAGGCAACAUACAGUGGCGGUGCUUCAAAACAAGGAGGCAUGAAACGCAAGAUGGAUAGCCGGACUCCGGAUAGUUUCCACAAGAAUAAAAAAGCAAAGAAAGUUAGAUAGAAUACAGUUAAAAGGGGUUCUCAAUACUCUAUGCUAAUUUUAAAGGUCUGUUAUGUCUUGUAUUUUAUCAACUAAGCAAUUUGUUAAAAGGAAAUUCUGGGUUUUCGUUUCUUGAAUUAAAUACACCAAUUCUUUUAUGCUA